AUGCGUGCCCGGCUGCAGCGGGUCAGCGCGGAGCGGGACCGCAUGCGCACGGAGCGGGACGCCGCGCGGGCCGAGCUGGAGGCCAACCGCCAGAGGUGGGCGAAGCAGCUUGAGGGCAUGCAGCAGAUGCUCGGCCAGAUGCAGGACACUGCGCAGGGCCAGCCGGAGGGCCAGCAUCCCCUCAUCUUCGACCGCUUCAUGGAUGCGUCGGAUUCUGGCCUGUCGCCGGUGAGCCACAUGACCUUGGAGGAGCUGCAGGCUGAAUGUGUGGUGCGCGGCCUGGCGCAGAGCGGGGGCCUGGCGGCGGUGCGGGGCCGCGUGCGCGUGGCGCGGGCCCGGGAGCGCCAGAGCUUGAAGCUCUGA